UUCUGAGGGAGAGGACAGUGCUGAGGCUGAAGUUGGGGGAAAGAAAGGCUUAUCUUUGUACAUUUAUGGCCUCGUGAUCAAAACUCUCAUAUUCUGGACGCCUAGUCUCAAUUCAUACCCGUUAUCAGAGCCUCAUAAGGAAACAAAAUCAGAACAAAGCUUUUCCAGGACUCAGCAGUUCACCCUUGACUAGUGACUGCACUGUAAGACAUAAGCUGAGCCAAAGCUGAGCAAAACCAGGGCAGAAGAAGACGUUGACUUGAGAGACUACUGGACAAUGUCAGUGCCCCCCAGAGUUGUCCACAAGAGGAGGGAGACGAUCACAGCCCUGCCUCUCUACUACUCCGGACACCUGCUGAAGAAACACAGUAAAGACAAGGAUUUCAAGAAAUACUAUGGAGAGCUCCGUGGGUGUUCGCUGUUUCUGUACAAGGAUGACACACAGGAUACCUAUACAGAGAAGUUGGACCUGGACCAGCUGAAGUCGAUGGAGUCAGACUCUCCAUAUCAGAAGAAGGAACCCACUGUGUUCACUCUCAGCCUCAGCACAGAGAAGGUGCAACUUAAGAUGGACAGUGCAGACAUGGGAGAGGUGUGGAGGGGUUUCAUCCUGACUGUGGUCAAGAAGGAGCUUCCCAGUAAGCUGCAGCUGAUGCCUGGCCAGGUGUUACAGCUGAAGGAGGUUCUCACUCAGGAAAUAAAAAGAAAAUCCCCAUCGUCACGUCCACCGCUCCCACCUCGACCAGGUUUCCUCUCAGGCCCGCCAUCCAAAGACAAACUGAGCUCUGAGAUUGCUGAGUGUUUCUUUGAUGUGACUCGAAAGGAGGCUGAGAAGAUGCUAGAGGAAAACCCAGAGUGUGGAAGCAUCAUCCUUCGCCCGUCCACCAUGCCCAACAACUACGCCUUGACCCUCAGACAAGUGUCAUCCAGCGGGCCUGUAAUGAAGAAUUACAGAGUGACCCAAAUAAAUGCCGGAUUUGUCAUUGAACUGGAGACACCAGUGACCGUCAGCUCCCUGAAGGAUGUUCUAAAAUACUUCAUUGAAAAAACUGAGUAUCGGCUUUGUCCUUUCAUUCCAUCUCAGCCCUAUGACACUUUGAUCGAGGCGUCACCAGCUCCCAAGUGCCUCAACACAACCGCACGUGCUCCUAAACCACUACCAAAGGCACAAGUGCCCCCUAUGCUGCGGUCACGGACCAAAGAGGAGAUUCUGCCAAACAAGCCUGAUGAGGGAGAAUAUGUCAUUCCUGAUGAUCCCAAUGACUCCAGCCUGAAUCUAGCUCAGUUGGAUGAUGAGCUCAGGAGAGCCCUAAAACAACGGAGAGAAAACAUCUAUGUUUCGACUGAUGAGAAAGUCUCCCCCUAUGAAACAAAACUGAAUGGAAAAACAACAAUCUAACACGGCACAGUGGACGACCGAGAAACCGACAGCGUGAAGUAGGGACUGGUGUAACCUGACAAGUAUAACGUUAAACUUUUACCUACAGCUCAGAGAUCACAAUGUUCACGGUGAAAAUGGCUAAAUUCUGCUUUAUUGAAACGAAAUUUAUACAUUUUUCUCCAAGAUGGGAGAGUUUGGACCGUUGCUUAAAUAUUGUGACCAAAUGAGCAGACGGUGCUAGAUGAUCAAAAAGAUUUCUGUGUUUAUUUCAGUGACCACUAAUAUCUGCAUCCGUCAUUGCAAUCCAGCUGAGGGGUGUCAAUAAAAAAGCUGAACAUUUCAUCCCGUAGUCAGUCCCAAAAACUUUGUAAAAGAUUAAAUGUUUGUUCAAAUCUUUGUACCUGUGGAUGGAUCCGUAUUGGAACUUUUACACUGAGGGUUCAUCAAAGUAAUCAACCCCCUCGGGAACUUGGAUGUUAAUGAAUGAAAAGUCAUGCCCUGGAUGUUUAGACUGGGCUGAGGGCGGCCAUCAGCGACACCGCCACAGCUAAAGUAAUAAUACCAGAAGCAGGAGGGUCUGAACAUGAGGAUGAAACAUGUUUGAGAGCCCGAGAAUAUUUUUAAAAAGCUUGGCCAAUGCUAGAUACGAUUUUCACAUUGCAGAGUUGUAAGAUUAUCAGUGAACGUCUUUAAUAUGUUCUUGAUGAAAGAUUGUUUACAUGUGCAACGUUGCAUCACUGUACUCCAUUUUUGUAUUUUUAAUAAGUUUUGUAAGAGUGAGCUUAAACGCUGUCACUGGGGUUGAAUAUGAUUCCAACUCUGCUGAGUGCUUUCUUGAUUUACUGAUUGAUUGCUGACUAUUUUCACAAUACAAAAGUGAUGACUCUGAUGUCAAAAAUCCCACGUAGGUGAAAACAAUCAAUUGCCAAAGUAACAUGAAUAGGUUUUGCAGAUUAGCUUUGGUUUUUGUCUCAGCUUCUGCCUGUUAUUCAUGUUUAAAUGUGUAAAAAAAAAAAGAGAGAGAAAAGAAACAAAAGAAAGAAAAGCUUAAAGCACUGUUGUUUAUUUC